AUUUGUCAACCUCCCAGGCUCGUGUUGCCGAUCUGCGUGCUGUUGCCAUGGAUCCGGGAGUCGCGAUGAGAUUGGAUCCGGCAGUGGUAGCUGGGAUGAUGCCCGCGAUGAUGGCUCAGAUGAGUGCCGACGAGCCGGACGUGUCGAGGUGGAACAUCAUCUACCCCAACUACAUCGACAAGAAGAAGACGCUGCCGGAGGGCAGGCGCAUCCCACUCGCAAAUGCCGUCGAAACACCAAAGCUCCAGGAGAUGGUCGAAAUCUGCAAGCAUCUUGGCGUCGAACACAAACCAGAGGUGAGGAAGUGGACAGACAGGGAGGGGGAGAGGGGCGGAGGGAAAGGAUCCACUGCAGUGUCCCUCUCUCUGUCUUGUGUGUGUGUCAGCUCAAGCAGUACCCCCGUGACUGGAUGGUCGUCGGCCGCAUCCGGUUCCGCCUCACCAAGCCAGACAACACGCUGUGGAACCCGGAAGUGCCCACAAGUACGUAUGCGAGCCCACCCAUGCCCAUGUGUGAAUCAUCUUGUGGACAUCUGCCGUGCUGUGUUCUGUCUGGCUGUCUGUCACGGGUGUGGUGGUCAUCAGAGAAGGCGUUGAUGCUCAAGAUGGGCGAGUUGAUCCCCAAGCUCAAGUCGCGGGUGCAUGGCGAUGCGGCCGCCGCGGCAGCUGCGAGCAGCAGCACAGCAUCCAAGAAACAAAAGAAGAAGAAAAAGUGACCGAGCAACAUGCUCGACCGGAUGCUGGGGAGAUUCGCCAAUGACCUGGUUUCUUGGCCAGUCGGCUGACUGUACAGUGGUGUGUGUGUGUGGCACCGUAGCGUCCGCGAUGGUAACAUUGUGGCAAUCCAGUAUACUGGAGCGCCACAAUGUCAUCAUCGCUGUCAUAUCGCUGCCGCCACACCCCCAGUCGCACACGGAGACAGUGAAAGCGUAUGUGGGCUGUUUGUACAGCAAUGAGCGUGAGUGCGUGCGUGUCAGUGCAUCACUGAUGCCGUCACUGGUUCGACGUGACCGUUUGGCGCUCCAGUGCACCGGAGCACCACGAUGGUUGCGAUCGAUGUGUGACGGGAUAAGCGAUGCACAAGCACCUGCACUCUUUCUGAGGGUCUGCUUAUACGCGGCGAUUGCAAUUCAAUUUGUAUGCAUCACGGCGAGUGUCUGUGUGUCGUUCGAGAGAACAUGUAUGCAGAGAUCCCACAGACGGGUCGGAUCAACGGAUGGCUAUACAUCUAUAUAUAGG